AUGCGGCAGCGUUGGCGCCCGUCAUGCAGUCGAUCCUCUCUCUUCAUCUACAUCACAGCAGUCAUCAUCUUCACGCUCUGCAACCUGUUAGCCAUGAUUCUCAUUCUAAAGACGAUGCGAGGGAAAAUGGAAAGCUUGCCCAUCCCGAAGUUCGGAGCUGACGGUUUAGGGCCUUCUCAGGACGGUGGACUGCUUAUUGGCAACUUGCUAUCCAGCUUUGUCUUCAAUUUCAACCAAUCGUCUUCCAGAACGGAUAGCAGGAGGACUUAUAUCAUCCACGAUGCUGUGGUGGUCGGCAAUGCCUACCACAGUCACGUCGGUCACGUGACCCUCGCGACGCAAUGCUCGGUUGAUCGACUUCAUCUACUUCUUGAAGUUGCCCAUGCCUGGAAGGCCCCGAUGUCCGUAGCAGUUUUCGUGCCAGGUAUAGACUUUUACAUUGCGAAAGUGUACAUAGCAUACUUGAGGCUCUGUUCUCAGGUCAUCCGUACCAAUGCCACUUUCCAUUUCCUGUACCAUCGGGACAUGCCACCACCGGACAUUGAAACCCAAGAUCACAACCGUCAAGCAGUUCCAGCUUGCUCGCGGAGUGGAGAAGCUUUGCCGCUGCUUUUGCGCUAUCGUACUGGCAGCUUCAGACGGUGGUGGCAACAAGCUCUACAUCCUCAAAACCACUUGCGAAACGUGGCCCGACGAGGCGCAAGGACUCCUUAUCAUUUCUUGACAGACAUCGACAUCAUGCCGGUUCCAGGGCUGCCGCGGCAGUUGGACGUUUUUCUGGCAACUUCCGAGCAUGCGCAUUCGUGUCCUAAGUGCGUUUAUGUGGUGCCAACGUACGAGAUGCCCGAAAGACUUCCAGUGCCCAAAAGCAAAACUGAGCUAGUAGAGAGAGUGAGGAGAAAACAGAGUCGGCCUUUCCACGCCAAAGUGUUCAUUCACAAUCAAUAUGCUACGAAUCAUACUCUGUGGGAAAAAAUCCCAGAUUCACACAGGCUUGAAGCAGCAUAUAAAAUAACCAAUUAUGAGUUUUUUUAUGAACCUUUUUAUGUCGCCAAAGCAAAUGUACCUCUUCAUGAUGAAAGGUUCAUUGGAUAUGGAUUCACAAGGAAUACUCAGGUGUUUGAAAUGCAUUUGGCUGGCUUUGAAUUUUGGGUCCUAAAUCCUGCCUUUGCUGUCCACAGAGGAGUCCAAAAUAAAAGAGGAAGAGGAGCUUGGAGAGAGCGGCAGAAUAUCAUUAACAGGAAACAAUUUAUACGUUUCAAACACGAAAUGGCUCUGAAAUACAGAUCGCACGGCAAGAACAGGUCUUGAAAGCUUUAAAUAAGUACUUGGGGAAACUGAAUGCUUAAACCAAUGUUAUUUUAAUACGUAAUUUGAUACUUUGCUCGAACCAUUGGCAACAUAUCCAGAAUUUAAGAGCGUGAAUCAUUUUAUUUUACUUGUUUGAAAGAUGUUUAUGUAUGUUUUACUUCGAAUCAACUCCGCUAUCCUCGUAUACUUUGAUUUUAUAAGCACUUCCUUAUAAAGAAAAUUUGUUUAUUCGUAAUUACUUCAUACUAAGAAAAAAAAAUUAAACCAGAGUUUAUUAAGCUAUUAAUGGUAACAUGAACUAGUCAAUAACAUUAAAACAGCAUUAUGUGCAUUUUUCCUUUCAGAACAUAAUCUUUUUUUAACCAGAAAUGUUUAUUUAGUUUGCGUCCCAAAUUUUAAUAAUUGAUAGUAAGGCCCCUAUAUAUACGAGCCGACUCAUCAACUUAAGAUCAGCCAUUUUGGAUCGGAGCGCGCGUUUGAGUGGUUGUCUUUUCUGGCCAGUUAUCGCGUUUGGUGAUUGUUCACUGUGAGCAAUUAUUAGCGGCACAUGAAUUGUUUAUAAAAUAAAAUAAUUUUUUCGGCAAAUUUGGCGAAAUCUGAAACUUUGCUGUGGUAACCUUAGCAGUGCAACAAUGAAAAAUCCGAUCCAAAAUGGCUAAACUUAAGCUGAUGCGUCAGCCUAUCUAUAUAGCGGCUCUAAUUGAUAGUGCAAGGUAAACCUUAUAUCUGCUUAAACGUCUGACUUCUAUUGCAAAGGUAUCGAAACAAAAUUCGAAGUGAUCUUAUUAAUCUAAAAUUAUGAGUGCUAUAAGUAUGUAAAUAAAAUAUUUUGCAAAUAAUAUUUUCUAGUCAUAAAAUGUAUUUUCUGAUUGAGAGUUUUUUUUUUAUAAAAACAGAAACAGCUAUUUCAUAAUUGAAAGUUAAAUUCUUUAUUUUAAUCAAUAAUUCUAAGGUUCUAACUGAUGGCUAAAAUUCUCCACUGUUUAAAUUUUGUUAUAAAGAAUAGUAAAUCCUAUAGUCAGUCAAAUAAAGAUAUAAACUGUCAAGUAAAUAUUUUCAUUUAUUAUAUGUUUUCUGCAAUUAUAUUAUAAUCGCUGCAUGUCAUAUGCAUUGAGUUCCCUAUAAAUAGUGUACACUGAUGAAAAAAAUUUGAGAUAGUAGGCAUAUUACCUUAUUUGAACAUAAUUAAUCAGUUUUCAAUUCACUGUAACCUGUGAGUGAAUUUCAAGUUUAUUCUUAAUCAUUUUGGAAAAUUGGUGAUAAAAACUUUUGUGCCAAUAAUGCAAUUUUUAUAUAAAAAUUUUAAUUACUAUGGACAGUGGUUAA